CAAUAUCAGUCGCAGAUUGUUCUUGUACUCAGUGACCCAAUCUACCUAGCUUGGUCUUCUGUUCAAAUUUACUAGUUUCUUGACUAUAUUUGACUCUACUCAACAUGUCGCGCCCUGAGGAUGUCUUGCCUCCGGACCUAUUCUACGGUGACGAUGAAUCUCGAAAAUACACGACUUCAUCUCGUAUACGAAACAUUCAAUCAGACAUGACACAUCGAGCCCUCGAACUCCUCGACCUGUCAUCUCCGUCCCUCAUUCUCGACGUCGGCUGCGGCUCUGGCCUCUCCGGCGAAAUCCUCUCCCAAGAACCCCGCGAACAAGGUGGACCGCACACAUGGAUCGGAAUGGACAUUUCACCUAGCAUGCUUGACGUUGCGCUUCAGCGAGGCGUAGCCGGCGAUUUAUUUCUCGCGGAUAUCGGCCAAGGAAUUCCGUUCCGACCUGGAACUUUUGACGCCGCCAUCAGCAUCAGCGCUAUCCAGUGGCUUUGCAACGCGGAAACAAGCGACGUCAGCCCAGAAGGGCGACUGCGGCGAUUCUUCGAAGGUCUCUAUUCGAGCUUAAAACGUGGAGGCCGUGCUGUCUGUCAAUUUUACCCGAAAAACGAUGCCCAACGGACCAUGAUCAGUGGAGCUGCGAUGAGAGCUGGCUUUGGGGCAGGAAUUCUCGAAGACGACCCCGGCACAAAGAACAGCAAACUUUAUCUCGUUCUAACAGUUGGCGGGGGCGGUCUGCAAGGUGAUAUCACCGGCGUUGUUGACGGUAUGAGUGACGUGAAUGUCUUGGAUGCCAGGAAAAGAGCGAUGGAGAAUGGUAAAGCAUCUUUGUCAAGAAAGGGUGACAAGGCUUGGAUCAUGCGGAAGAAGGAUCAGAUGACGAAGAAGGGCAAAAUCGUCAAAGCGAAUUCCAAAUAUACUGGAAGGAAGAGGAAGAUUGCAUUUUGAGCUCAGGUCCUUCGUUUGGUCCUUGCAGUCUUCGUACUCGCUUCGGCACGGUCUCUCGGGGCCGGGAAAUCUCAAUUUCAAAAAGCUGAUUCCACCACUGGGGUGAA